AAAAUACGCCCGCCAUGCGCUUCUCCGCAGCCUCCCUUCUCCUCGGACUGAGCUGGAUCACCGCCGCCGCCGCACACAACAUCCAGCUCCGCGCCCACUCACGAGAAUGCUUCCACGAGACACUGCACAAGGAUGAUAAGAUGACUGUUUCGUUCCAGGUCGGCGACCGGGAAUUUGGAGGCAGCGGGAACCUCGAGAUUGAUUUCUGGGUCGAGGACCCCCAGAACAACCGCCAAUACUUCAAGCAAGCCGUCUCGACCGAAGACUACUCAUUCACCGCGCACUCCGACGGCAAAUACCACUACUGCUUCAGCAACGAGGGCUGGACCUCGAACUCGAAGGAAGUCUCGUUCAACGUGCACGGAAUCGUUUACGUCCCGGAAUCAGAAAUGGCGCAGGAUCCACUGGAGACUGAAGUUCGCCGACUUUUGGAAGCCCUGGCCCAGGUUAAGGAUGAGCAGUCGUAUAUUGUUGUCCGCGAGAGGGUACACCGGAACACGGCCGAGAGCACGAACGGUCGAGUCAAGUGGUGGAGUAUCUUCCAGCUUGCAGUGCUUAUUGGCGAGGGUGUUUUCCAGGUUUGGUGGUUGAAGAGAUUCUUUGAGGUCAAGCGUGUUGUCUAAGUGUAGUCUACGUUUCAUGAGCGAGAAGAGGGUCUAUUAUUUAUUUACUAGUCCCAUGCAUGUCUUUGUCUGCCCUUGGGGGCUUUCGAAUGGGAGUACGAUAAUUUGAACGAUCUAUAUAUUUUAUCUUGGCAAUUCUACUGGAUUCAUCCGGAGAUUUUAUGACCCCGAAAGCUGCAACUAUCCUCGCUAGGUAGAAAUAAUCAGUCCCUUGAGAACACAACCUGCAGGAUUAUACUGUUCUCUCGGACUUCUUGUCUAUCGAGGCCGCGAACUAAGGCCUCCUGUUCCAAGCUCUCUCCCUGAUUUCCGUCUUGCUUCCUUUUACCCUCAACAAAUAGAC